AAAUCAGCACUUAGAAGAAUUUAACGGAAGACUAGUAAAAAAGAAAAGAGAGAGAGCGUGAAGGUCGGGGGAUAGGGUUUGCCUUGACUCACGUUGGCAAAUUUUCCUUUUGCUUCUUCUUGUCCAAACCGAAUCAUUUAUUUUUGGAUUCAACUUUCUUUCUCUCGGCGCGUGUUAUUAGCGAUUGGAACAGUGCGAGCGAUGCCGGAAGAAGAAGUGCUGGAGCUCAAGUUCCGUCUCUACGAUGGAUCCGACAUCGGACCCUUCCGUUACUCCCCUGCCUCCACCAUCGCCAUGCUCAAGGACCGCAUUUUUGCAGACUGGCCCAGAGACAAGAAAAUUAUACCAAAGGCAGCAAAUGAUAUAAAGCUGAUAAGUGCUGGCAAAAUUUUGGAAAACAACAAGACAGUUGGCCAGUGUAGAGUACCUUUUGGCGAGCUUCCCAAAGGGGGGGUUAUAACCAUGCAUGUUGUGGUGCAGCCAUCUUUGCUCAAAACAAAAACAGAGAAAAAAGUUGAUGAGGUGCCCAGAAAACAUAAAUGUGCAUGUUCGAUAUUGUGAGAAUCCAUCAUCAUCAUCAUCAUCAUGAAGAGUUAAGCUGCUGAUCUUGCCUUGCUGGGAUAUCCGAAGGUCAUGGAUAUGCCUAGCUGGGAAGACAAUAAUUUGUAAAACAGUCCCAACCCCAUCAUAGUUGAGUGUUGUUGGAGGGCCUUCCUGUGUAGCAAUGCUUGUCAUUGAUGAUUUUCUCAUGUUCUAUAAAAUGGAUGUUUGAUGUAUCAAGGUAGGUGCAGUCUAUAUCAUAAUAUCAAAUAUAUAUAGAAAAAAACAGUUCAGUCACUAUUUUAUUUUCUAAGGAUAUUCAACAGUAUUCACUACCGGAGUGAUCAUACCCGUUUCUUGUGCAUUACUUGUUUCAACAACAAACAUAACUUUCCAAGAGUCUCUUGAAAUAGUUGACAUUCUUGUCUUGUCUUUGUAUCAUCAUGGAUCUCUACAAUCGGAAGAGGUAUUUUAAAGUUAAGGGGAAAUUAAUUUUAA